CAGUAUUCAAAUUAUGCAGUGCACUUUCCUAAUUCGAUUCAAAUCAAGUAAAGAAAUAUUUGCAGUGUUAAAAAGAAGUAGUGAACUCUCAGUGCCAGCUUCUCUACUGCCAUAAAAAGUAUGUAAAUAAGUACAUUUUUACUCAUUCAUUCUCAUUAUGUUUUCUACUUGUCAUUUGAAAUGUAAUUAAUCUCUUAAUAUACUAUUAGUUGGCUUUUACUUAAUGCUCUAUACUGUAUGGUGUCCAUAGGGUACCCUGUUUGUUAAUGCAUUAAUCAUGGCCCAGAUUUAAAACACUUAUGCCACCACUGUUAGUAUAUACAUAAUCAUCUGUGGGCAGGAAAAAGAACAAUAUAUGAGGGCUGUCACAAAAAUAUGCUGUGAACGUACAGAAAAUGUCCCUACUUACUACUUGAAAGAAUUACAGAAUUAGGUGCCCAGUGCUCUGAGAAGCCACAAGUCCCUACACCCCCUAGUAGGUUCUUAUUUUGAAUAAGUAAUUACUUCACGACCGCUUAAAAAAAGAAUCAGCUAACUAAACAGAAUCGGUUCUUUCGAACAGCUCGUGAUCCCUGACGCACAUCCUGGCGUUGCAUAUAUUCAACAAUAAAAUAAAAGCUAUUCGUACACAUUUUCCUGUUUAUUACUGUUUCAAUUAAGUUUUAGUAAUAAGGGUGUUGUAGCUGAUUGUGUAGUUCAGUUAUUUGCAGCAAUCAUAAAAUAGAGUAUGCAUUUGUCUAACAAUAAACAAUGUGUGUUAAUAUAAGCAGGUUUAACAUUUCUGCUAUUAAACUUUUGGAUGCAUCAGUGAAAUCUGAUUCUUAGUAAAUCACUCUGAUUUAUGAAUCGUUCAGAUCAGAAAAAGAUCCGACUCACAAACAAUUCGUUCACUAAAGCAUCGCUUAAACUAGAGCCGUCUCAUGAAAGAUUGCAUUUUUAUACUGCCAUAGUAAAACAAACGCCACAUGCUGAACUGCUCUGGGACAGUUUUAGUAUCUUUCAUGAUAACAUGUCGUAAACAGAGAUUGGACCAAUCAGCUGUGAGCAAAGCGACAUAAUUCUGACGUAACUAAGUCCAUUCUCAUUGUAAGCGUAGUAGCAAAAUGGCUUCACCGUAUCUGGAUAAUCCUGUAGACAUCGGAGCCCAAAUUAUACAAAGGGCUUUACGCAGAGAAAGAGUUAUUAGAGAUAAACAAAACCCCUUAGCAUUCUCUGACGAGAACUUAUACGAGAAAUACAGAUUCUCGGCGGAGGGAAUGUUGUAUCUUUGUCGGCUUCUUGAGCCCCAUAUUAAAAACCCGACGCGACGAAGCCACGCGACCACUGUCCCGCAAAUGAUUUGUAUUGCUUUGCGUUUCUUUGCAGGUGGUACAUACCUCUACGAAGUGGGAGAUGCCGAGAAGCUCAGCAAGAACACAGUUUGCCGAACAAUUCGUAGGGUAGUUAUCGCACUCCAGAAGUAUAUAAACACUUUCGUUGUGUUCCCGGGACAUUUACCCACUGUGGCCAUAAAAGAGGGCUUCUCCAGUAUAGCUGGAUUCCCUAGAGUUAUUGGAGCAAUAGAUUGCACACACAUCCCAAUCUCGACUCCAAUAAAAGAAAUUGAGGCUAAUUAUCUCAACAGAAAGUCGACUCACAGCCUCAAUGUUCAGAUUACUUGUGACCAUCAGUGUAUGGUCACAAGCCUGGAUGCCAGAUGGCCUGGCUCAAUGCACGACAACCAGAUUUUCGAAAAGUCGUCGUUAUGCCAGCGCUUUCAGGAAGGGCUGUUUGAUGGUCUGUUGGUGGGAGAUGAGACUUACGCAUGUCAGAGCUUUCUGAUGACACCCUACCCUGACCCUGAGACAAAACCACAGCAUGACUUUAACAUGGCCCUCAAUCAAACCAGGCUCAAGAUUGACACCACUCUUGCCAUUUUAAAGGCACGGUUUAACUGUCUUCGUGACCUGAGAGUGUCACCAGAGCGGGCAUCUCAGAUUGUGGGUGCUUGUGUUGUCCUUCACAACAUAGCCACUAUAAGGAAGGAGCGAGUGCCAAAUGAAUAUGAUCUCCCCCCUGAUGAUGUUGACCCUAUUACUCUGGACCAUCCAGCUGGCGAAGCUGUCAGAGAUGCCAUCACAACAGAAUAUUUCACUGAACAUUCAAUAAAAGAAAAUUGACCAUCCAAAUUUGUACAUAUGGCUAAAUUGGCUUUCAUGUUGUUUGAGAGAAGAGUGUCAUAAUAGGCCGUAGUAAUGCAUUAACAUUUGUUAUUUAAAUUAUUUCCACUUGUUCUCAUGUUGAUGUUGAAAAUGCAAUUAAAUGGAAAACCAAUUACUGAAAAUUAAUUGAUCUUACACAUUAUUAUGCAUUAUUCUAAAUCUUUGUAUGAACCACUACACAGGUUGUGAAUUCUCAUAAAUAUGUAAUGUAAUCAAUCACUCUGAUAUUAUCAGUAUGAAUCCUGCUUCCGUUAUAAUUUUUAUACAAUUUUUUUAAUAUAUGAUUUCAAACAAAAAGUUUCUUAGUAUUUUAAACUCUUAAAGCUUUAUGUCAAAAUUACAUUUUUGAAUCCCAGAUUUUUAGUGCAGUCUCAAGUUUUGGACCUCAGUGUAUAAUUUUGUAUCAUGUAUAAUAAACGUAUUGUUCUUAUAAGAAGCUUUCUUUUUUCCCAACUUCAUAUGAAAUCAACUCUUAAUUCGAAAGACAGAUACUCAGACUGUGACCGUUUGAGUUUAUGCAAAAUUUUAUUUUGCAUGUCAGACUGUGGAGACACUCUUUCAGACAUAUUUUUACAUCCUCUUCAAACCUGGUCUACAAAAUCAGGACGUUGACAGUGGCCUACCUCAUUUACAGCUUACAAAUACUGGUAGAAAAAAAUAAAGUGCGUGAAUGUACAAUGUAAAACAACAGCAAAACAGUGUCAAAGUAUGAAAGAUCACAAUCUACUUUACAUUCAAAACACACAAGCUGAAAACAGUGGAAUGUAACACAUGAUUAAACAACAUCAAACAUGUCAUGGUUAAUGUGGAUUAAAAAGAUUUUUCCAAGUGGAAGUCUAUGAUGGAAGUCUAUAAUAGCAAAGUUAGUGUUUGUGUCAAAGAGGGUGUGUUUGAAGUCUGGAACUGGACAUUUUCAGUCUUCCUACUGGAAUUGGAGCUCUUUAUCUCGCUGUAUUAGCCACAUAUGAUUUCCUUGAGCAUGCUGUACUGUGCAUUUAUAAUCAAAUUAAUCUAUGGUGUUUAUCAUUCUUUUCUCUCGCAUUACCUCACUCUUUACCAAACGCCAACAAUACUGUAUUUUUAUUGUAUUGUACAGUAUCAUUGUCUUGUUCUGUCCAUUUAGACUCCAUCCACUACAUUAUAUGCUGUACCACUAAUGUGUAUGGCAAGACACAAUCUCAUACUUGUGCUUUAAAUGUCCAUAUAACUCUUCAAAUUUACAUUCAAAAAGUAUUAAGAAACAUUGUUUCUUUAUGCUCAUUCACGCUUGCUACAUUUUAUCUAAAAGCAAAUAUUAUUUUUUUUGUAAUUACUCCACAUUUCAUAUUUCCAUAUACACCAUACCAUUAUUUAACACCAGGCACUUUGCUAAUAUGAACACAUUUGAAUCACAGAAUAGAAAACACUUAUAUACUAAUUCCCAAAAAGGACUAAGAAAUUAAAAAAAAAAAAAAAAAAAAAAAAAAAAAAAAA